GCACUUUGUUGAGUCACGAGUGUUGACCACAUUGCUCGCUCGGGCUAUGUGAUAUGCAUAGUUAUAAUCAUUCUGUUGGAUGUUUUCGUAUUACAUCCAUUUCUUUAAUUUUAUGUGUUAUUAGGUUCCGUCAGCUCUCGAAGGAGAAUUUACAAGCCUAUAUAUGGAUACAUACCUGAAUUUGAGGCUGCUCUCGCAGUCUUUAGCUAAAAUUGUGAAUCCAGCUUGAAGGUAGCACAUUGGGUGGACAGUUGAUGGUAAAAUAAUUUAUCGAGAUUUGAGCACAAACUCCCCGAGUCUGUAAUAAUUUGAACAAGAAGGAAACGGGCCUAUAAUUUUCUGCUGUAGUGAACAUUAGCGUAGGAGAAAAUAUGCCUUCCGAGCCAUUGGAUUGGUUCUGCCAGCCGGUAGCAAAUAGUGAAUGGGCAAAAGUAGUUGAUAGUGCCUUCGGUUCAUACACACCUUGUGCAAUUGACUCCCUAGUUGUCUCUACUUGUCAUUUGGUUCUUCUUGGUCUUUGCUUAUACAGAACGUGGCUGGUUAAGAAGGAUCCCAAAGUGCAGAGGUUUCGUUUGACCUCUAAUUAUUAUAAUUACAUGCUAGCUAUGAUUGCUGGUUGUUGUUCUGUUGUACCUUUACUAAGGUUAGCCAUGGGUAUGGCGAUUUUUAGCCUGAAUGAUCAGAUUGGCUUUGCUCCUUUUGAGGUGAUUUGCUCAAUAGCGGAGUCUCUUUCUUGGUGCUCCGUGUUAGUUAUGGUUGUUUUGGAGACUAAAAUUUACAUCCGUGAAUUCCGUUGGUACAUACGAUUUGGACUAAUCUAUAUUCUGGUAGGGGAUGUUGUGCUAUUAAAUCUUGUACUCCCACUUUCAGUCUACUAUAGCAGUGCGGUUCUCUGUAUGAUCAUCACCACAGUUUCUUUCCAGGUGUUAUUUGCAGUACUUCUUCUUGCUUAUGUCCCUAAUUUGGAACCUUAUCCCGGUUAUGUUGUCAUGCAAUCUGAAUCUCUCGACAACAUGGACUAUGAAAUGCUUCUGGGAGCAGAACAUGUUUGUCCCGAAAGGCAUGCCAAUAUAUUUUCUAGAAUAAAUUUUGGGUGGGUGACUCCACUGAUGAAGCAGGGCUAUAGAAAGCCUAUAGCUGAAAAGGAUAUUUGGAGGUUGGACGUCUGGGAUCAAACUGAGACACUAAUUAAAAGGUUCCAGACAUGUUGGGCUGCAGAAAUUAGAACGCCUAAGCCCUGGCUUUUAAGAGCAUUGAAUCAAAGCCUUGGAAGAAGGUUCUGGUGGGGAGGUGUUUUCAAGGUUGGCAAUGACCUCUCUCAGUUUGUUGGGCCGAUAAUAUUAAACCAUCUAUUACAGUCGAUGCAGCGGGGAGAUCCAACUUGGAUUGGCUUCAUCUAUGCAUUUUCAAUUUUUGUAGGCGUGUCAAUUGGAGUGCUAUGUGAAGCUCAGUACUUUCAGAAUGUUAUGCGAGUUGGUUUUCGACUGAGGUCUACUCUGGUGGCUGCUAUUUUUCACAAAUCUCUGAGGUUGACUCAUGAGGGACGCAAGAAGUUCCCUUAUGGGAAAAUUACAAAUAUGAUAUCAACAGAUGCCAACGCCCUUCAACAAAUAUGUCAACAGCUUCAUGGGUUAUGGUCUUCCCCCUUUCGUAUAACCAUGUCAAUGAUUCUUCUAUACCAGCAAUUGGGUGUUGCUUCACUUUUUGGAGCCUUAAUACUAGUCUUGACAGUGCCUUUGCAGACAGUAAUAAUUAGUAAAAUGCGGAAACAAACUCGAGAGGGACUACAGGGGUCAGAUAAAAGAGUCGGCCUCACAAAUGAAAUUUUAGCAGCCAUGGACACUGUGAAAUGUUAUGCAUGGGAAGCAAGCUUUUCAUCUAGAGUCCAAGAAAUAAGGGAUGAUGAGCUCUCAUGGCUUCGGAAGGCACAAUUACUUUAUGCGUUAAACGGUUUUAUUUUGAAUAGCAUCCCAGUAUUUGUAACUGUAAUUUCCUUUGGAGUAUUCACGUUGCUUGGUGGAGACCUGACGCCUGCAAGGGCCUUUACAUCACUUUCCCUGUUUGCGGUGCUUCGAUUUCCUCUAAACAUGCUUCCUAAUUUAUUAAGUCAGGUUGUGAAUGCACAUGUAUCAUUACAGCGUAUUGAGGAACUAUUCUUGAUUGAAGAGAGAGUUCUUGCCCCAAAUCCACCGUUGGAACCUGGGCUUCCAGCAAUAUCCAUAAGAAAUGGAUGCUUUUCAUGGGAUUCCAAGGUAGAGAAGCCGACAUUAUUAAAUGUCAAUUUGGAUAUAGAAGUGGGCAGCUUAGUUGCAGUGGUUGGAGGUACUGGAGAAGGAAAAACAUCACUAAUAUUGGCAAUGCUAGGGGAACUGCCUCCUUUGGCAGACACAGACAUUGUUAUCAGAGGGACAGUUGCUUAUGUUCCUCAGGUGUCGUGGAUUUUCAAUGCCACUAUUCUUAUUUAAAUUGAAUGCUUCCACAAUUUGCCUCACACAUUUGUUUCUCAGGGUCGUGAUCUCACUGAGAUCGGUGAAAGAGGUGUAAACAUAAGUGGCGGUCAAAAACAGCGAGUCUCUAUGGCUAGGGCUGUAUAUUCCAAUUCUGAUGUUUACGUUUUUGAUGAUCCUCUAAGUGCCCUAGAUGCUCAUGUUAGUCAGCAGGUUUUUAACAGAUGUAUCAAGGAAGAGUUGCAAGGGAAAACCAGGGUGCUUGUCACAAACCAGUUACAUUUUCUUCCCCAGGUCGACAAAAUUGUUCUGGUUUCCAAAGGUGCUGUAAUAGAGGAAGGAACCUUUGAGGAGCUCUCAAGAAACAGCAAACACUUCAAGAAGCUAAUGGAAAAUGCUGGGAAACUGGAGCAACAAAUGGUGGAAAAUGAAUACAACAAAAAUAAUUACCAAGGAAGCCCCAUGCCUGCUGAUGGUGGACUUGAGAACGAAUUGCCAAUAGACUUGAGCUAUACAAGGAAAGGGAAAGGAGGGAAAUCUGUACUAAUCAAGCAAGAGGAAAGGGAGACAGGAAUAGUAAGUUGGAAGGUUUUAAUGAGGUAUAAGGAUGCUUUAGGAGGUCCAUGGGUAGUUACCAUACUCUUUACAUUUUAUCUGCUGACAGAAGUCCUUCGAGUUUUAACUAGCACGUGGUUAAGCUUUUGGACAAAGAAAAGUACUUCAGAAAAUUAUAAUGCUGGAUACUACAAUCUUAUUUAUGCAGUGUUGUCCUUUGGCCAGGUAACCUUCACAGUGGCAAACACUUAUUGGUUAAUCAUCUCAAGCCUUCAUGCAUCUAGAAAAUUGCAUGAUGCCAUGCUAAAUUCAAUUCUAAGAGCUCCAAUGGUGUUCUUCCACACCAAUCCAACUGGACGGAUUAUCAAUAGGUUUGCAAAAGAUCUAGGAGACAUUGAUCGUGCUCUGGCCAAUAUUAUGAAUACAUUUCUAGGACAACUGUGGCAACUGCUGUCAACAUUUGUACUGAUAGGUACUGUGAGCCCAAUUUCCCUAUGGGCCAUUACGCCGCUAUUGAUCUUGUUUUAUGCAGCCUAUUUAUAUUAUCAGAGUACCUCACGUGAAGUUAAACGCUUGGAUUCCAUCACUAGAUCUCCUAUUUAUGCUCAAUUUGGGGAAGCAUUAAAUGGUCUGCCAACUAUUUGUGCAUACAAGGCAUAUGAUCGAAUGGCAAACAUCAAUGGGAGGUUCAUGGAUAAUAAUAUCAGGUUCACUCUUGCAAAUAUCAGCUCAAAUCGUUGGCUCACAAUAAGGUUGGAAACAUUAGGAGGCCUUAUGAUUUGGUUGAUUGCAACUUUUGCCGUCUUGCAGAAUUCAAAAGAAGAAAACCAGGUGGCGUUUGCAUCUACGAUGGGUUUACUUUUAAGUUAUACUCUAAAUAUCACAAGCCUGUUAAGUGGUGUUCUAAGACAAGCAAGUAGGGCCGAAAAUAGUUUAAAUGCCGUUGAACGUGUAGGCGCAUACAUAGAUUUGCCAUCUGAGGCUCCAGCUAUAAUUGAAUCUAACCGCCCCCCAUAUGGUUGGCCUUCAUCUGGGUCAAUUGAUUUUGAGGAUGUUGUCCUACGUUAUAGAUCUGGACUUCCUCCCGUCUUGCAUAGAUUGUCUUUUACCAUAAAGCCAACUGACAAGCUAGGAAUAAUUGGAAGAACUGGUGCAGGAAAAUCAAGUAUGUUAAAUGCAUUAUUUCGAAUUGUAGAAAUUGAAACAGGAAGAAUAACAAUUGAUGGUUGUGACAUUGCUAAGAUUGGGCUAAGAGAUUUACGGAUAGCUCUAACCAUCAUACCACAAUCACCAAUUCUUUUCUCAGGAACAAUACGAUUUAAUCUUGAUCCAUUCUCUGACCAUAAUGAUGCUGACCUGUGGGAGGCUCUUGAGAGAGCACAUCUUAAGGAUGUAAUUAUGAGGAGCUCUUUUGGCUUGGAUACUGAGGUUUCAGAGCGAGGGGAAAAUUUCAGUGUUGGACAAAGGCAACUGAUAAGUCUCGCUAGAGCAUUACUGAGAAGAUCAAAGAUCAUUGUUCUUGAUGAAGCAACUGCAGCUGUUGAUGUUAACACAGACUCCCUUAUUCAAAAAACUAUCCGUGAGGAGUUCAAAUCAUGCACUAUGCUGAUAAUUGCUCAUAGGUUAAAUACAAUUAUUGAUUGUGAUCGGAUUCUAGUACUGGAUGCAGGACAGGUCAUAGAAUAUGAUACCCCUGAAAUGCUGCUUUCAAAUGAAGGAAGCGCAUUUUAUAAAAUGGUUCAAAGUACAGGACCUGCAAAUGCUCAGUACUUAUGCAGCUUGGUUCUUGGAAAAAAAGAGAACAAUCCACAUGGUGAAGACAAAUUACUGCAGGAUGGCCAUGGGAGAUGGCUUGCAAAAUCCCACUGGAUGACUGCCGCACAAUCUGCCCUGUCCAGAAGUCUUGCUGCCUCUCAGAAUGACCUCCAAAGGCCAGAUGUUAAUAUUUCUGAUGGAAAUGAUAUCAUCGGGAAAACGAAUGAUGCAGUUCUUACACUGCAUGGAGUUUUGGAGGGAAAACAUGACAGACUAAUAGACGAAGUACUAAGUCGAGACUCGGUUCCCAAGUACAGUUGGUGGUCGUCUUUCCACCGAACAAUUGAAGGUCUGGCUGUGAUGAGCAGAUUGCACAGUUACAGCAAGCUUGGGGAUAUUGAUUAUGAAACUGAAGAGAAGGGGUUUGACUGAAACCAUGUUCGUAAUGCCUUCUUUUAAAAGAAAGAGAUUAUUGUAAUUAAUGAUUUUUUUUCUGUAAGAACUAGAAAUUUGAGCCAUAACCAGUUAAACUAUAUUCAAAA